ACGCUGCCAUAGUUGACGCUGCAGUGGAAAGAGCGAGCUGAUCGAGUGGCGAGGAGAAAGCAACGCAAGCAAGUCUGGUCAAGUUUGCAGUGCACAUUCGGCGACGAUCAGUGUCAUGAGCGAGCGCACGAUUGCUGGUGACGAGAAAGUUAACAGGGACCGUAUUUCCUUGCUUACCCCUCGCCUGCACAGCAGCCUCCAAGAGCUAGCCGCCCUGCGGACCAGCGGGCAGCCUGUGCCCAGCAAAACAUGGAGCUCUGUGGAAGCCGUUGCCCGGGCGCUCGCUUCCACUUGGGACGAUGCUGUAGAAUGGGAUGCUGUAGCUGACCUCUUUCGCUUCUUGCGAAAUGCUUUUGCCAGCUCUCCCGAAAACUCCACUGCCGCAACCAGGAGAGAAGGGCUGAUGCAAAGUGUAAAGACUCUGGUGAAGGGCCUCUGUGAGCUUCACAUCAAAGAUUCUUCGCAUGCCGAGUGCACAGUAGGGCUCCGGUGUAGUUUACAGAGCUUGGGAAAUCUCGUGUGUAGCCACCAGGCCAGUGAGAACCUCGUAUGGGAACUGCUGACAGCACAGGAAUACAAAAUGUGUACUGCCCUUCUUAGUAGCCCUGACGUCAAGGUGCGGCAAUACAGCAGCAUGGUUCUGUACAACUGCCUUUCGCAAGCACACGUGGAGAAUCUCUUAUUAUCGGCUGGUUCUGUGCGCAUGAUAGAGAGCCUUGCAGACAUGCUGGCCAACACAGAGUCUGAAUGGAGCCUUUUCAUUCUGGAGCGGCUACUUCAGCACGACGGCUUGGUGGCAGUCUUCCAAAAGCUGUCUGCUCGUUGCAGGUGUGUACUGUUGGACAUUGCUGCCGACAACCUUACGAAGGCACGAGGAGAAGAUGCACCGCUUCCACUCUCCCUACCUUUUUUAGAGCAUGCCCAAAGUCAGAUGUUGGAGCGAGUGUGGACCAUGACAAAAUGCUUGGAAGCAGCAGCUGCCGGUGACCCGGAGAUUGCAGAGAUUUGUAAACUGUUGAAGGUCUUAUGUUUGGCCUCUGCACAUGAGGAGCUGAAGGGCUCAUUUGCUGACGGUUCAGAGCUUCUUGCAACUGCAUUGGAGGUAUUGAAGACAGUUCAUCUUCUUGGCAAAUCGAGUGAAAAUGCAUUCACGCCCGCACAACAUCUGGAUGACUUCACCGGUGUCGACAGGGGAACCUCGGAGUUAACCGACCAUCACAGCUUUGGCUUCAAGCGAGACCUGGUUCAGCUCAUCGGCAAUAUGUGUCAUCACAACAGGAAACAUCAAGACAUGAUAAGGAACUUGGAUGGGAUUCCCCUCAUACUGGAUGUGUGCAAUCUGGAUGCCAAAAAUCCUUUCAUAAUACAGCACGUCAUCUUGGCAAUCAGGAAUCUCCUGGAAGGAAACCUUGAAAAUCAGGCUGUUGUGGGAAGCCUCGUUCAGCGGGGUGUUGUUACCGAUUCUCCACUGAUAAAGGAAAUGGGGAUCGAGAUAGAAUAAAAGUACCUGUUAGAUGGCAGCCACU